AUGGCCCCAUCCACGGAUUCUGAGUUUGUGACUAUAGUCUCAAAUGACGGAUUUGAAUUCAUUAUCCCUCGCAGCGCAGCUUAUGUCUCAGAGACCUUACGCACCGGGCUUUCUUCGACCAAUUUCCCCGAGGGUCUGAAAGGUGAAUAUAUAUUAGAGGAAUUCUCUGGUAUCAUUGUCGAAAAGAUCUGCGAAUACCUUUGCUACAAUGAAAAGCACAAGGACCAGGUCAACGUGCCGGACAUGGAUAUCCCACCCGAGUUGUGCCUGGAGCUCCUGAUGGCGGCUGAUUUCUUGAAUACUUGA